AUGUCAGUCAGAAGAAGAUUUGAAAAGGUCUGGGGAGGACCUAAAGAAGGAAAAGGAAGUGAAAUACAAGAAGACGUUCUCUCAAAACAAACUCCAAGAAUAUCCUUUGAACUCGUGAAAAUCAAUCGAAGAGGAGCCAGACAAAAAAGAGAACUUGUCUUUUCAGAUGAUGGUAUUUCAAACAUGAAAGGUAAACAAAGACAAUGGUUCUUCCAUAUUACUGAUUUGUUUGGUAUUGAACCAGGAAGACCCAUCACCAAAGAGGCCAAACCUGUGCUCAAUUUGAAAGUGAUUAAGCGAUAUCAAUUUGAAUGUGAAAGUGACGAACAAUUAGAGAAAAUUGCCAAAGUCUUUUAUCAAUUGUACAGUGAUCGAUUGCCCAUCAAUAAUGCAUCACAAUAUAACGGAUAUGGAGCUUAUAUCGGAGAUUAUGUGAAUUCACAACAACUCGCUCCGGCAUCUUCUACAACAACAACGACAGCAGCAUCGACCUCAACCACUGCAGAGAAUGUGAAUAACAACAACAACAACAACACCUCUGGUGGAUCACCCACUUCGAAUCAACCUUCUGUCACUUGUAGUAGUAACAGCAACAAUAACAACCAUUCAUCAUCAUCCUCUCAACAACAACAACAACAACAACAACAAACAUCAAACUCUCCCUCCUCUUCCUCUUUGAAUAAUCAAACAAAUUCAAACAAUUCCACUUUCACCACCACUACCACCUACUCUUCUCAACAAAAUCCACCACAAUAUGAAUCUCCCAGCAUUUUCCAACAACAACAAUUGGCUGCAUUUAUGGGAAAGAAAAUUGGCAUUCAUAGUUUUGAACUUCUCAAAGUCAUUGGUGAAGGAAGUUUUUCAAAGGUGUGUCUCGUGAGGAAGAAGGACACUCGUCAAAUCUAUGCAUUAAAAGUAUUGGAUAAAGCAGAAAUUAAACGAAGAAAUCAAGUGGAACAUACCAUCACAGAGAAGAGAGUUUUGAGUAAUCACAGACAUCCAUUCAUUAUCAAAAUGUAUCAUUCAUUCCAGGCUGAAGACAAGUUGUAUAUGUGUUUGCAAUUCAUUCCUGGUGGUGAAUUGUUUGGACAUUUGAGACGAGUGCAUCGUUUUCCAUUGGAGUUGGCUAAAUUCUAUUUGUGUGAAGUGGUGUUGGCCAUUGAAUAUUUGCAUAACAAUAAUAUUAUUUAUAGAGAUUUAAAACCUGAGAACAUCUUGUUACACUCCGAUGGACACAUCAAAUUGACCGAUUUUGGUCUCGCAAAAGAAGGAAUUACAAGUGCUGGAGGAAAUGCUGCAGGAACUAAAACUAGAACCUUCUGUGGUACUCCUGACUAUCUCAGUCCUGAAAUUAUCAAAGGUUUACCACAUGGAAAAGCUGUCGAUUAUUGGUCCAUGGGUGUCUUGUUAUUUGAAUUUUUGACAGGUCGAUCUCCCUUCCGUGGAUCCAAUCGUAAAGAAUUGUACGAACAAAUCAUUCACACUCAUCCCAUCUAUCCCAAAGAAAUUACCGAAUGCACCACCAAGACCAUUCUCGUCUACGAUGAUCCCAUCAAGGGUGUGAAAUACAAUCAACCUGUGGAGAGAAGUGUUGUGGUGGAUCUCUUGGAUCGAUUACUUGUGAAAAAACCUGAAGAACGAUUGGGAGCGAAUGGAAUUCAUGAAAUUAAGGGUCAUCCCUUCUUUGAAGAUGUUGAUUGGGAUUUAAUGUUACAAAAACAAAUUCCACCUCCAUUCAAACCUCCUCUCUCGGAUAAUCCCAAUGAAAAUCUUCAAAAGAUUUUGGGAAAUCAUAUCAAUGAGAAUGGAACUUUGACUUCGGAUAAUUUAUUGAAUGCCAAAGAACAAGGAAUGAUUAUGCCCAAGACACCUUUCAAAGCUUCACAAUCGCCAUCUUUUACUGGAUUUUCCUAUGAUGCAGAAGGUUUCUUGGCAAGUACUUUGGAGAAUCAUCAAACUCAGAAUAACAAUUUGGAUCUCUAA